AUGUUUGAAGUGCAGCACAAACUCCAUCGCAGAUACGGACCCCUCAUUCGGAUCGCUCCCAACAAAGUUUCCUGUUCCGGUCCGGAGACAAUCAAACUUCUGUACAGGACUGCAGCACCGCUGACGAAGACCGACUUCUACCCUGUCUGGGGGAACCCACGCAUGUCGAAAUAUCGAGACAACUUCUCUCAAGUCGAUGAGAGGCUUCAUUCGGAGAGACGAAGGAUUGUCAAUCAUGUGUGCAGCUUGUCCAACGUCCUCCAGUCCGAAGCUUCCAUUGACAGAGUCAUAACGGUCAUGGUGGAAAAGCUCAGUCAGAUGGCUCGAAGUGGUCGUGACUGUGACUUAGGAGCCUCGAUUCAGUGGUAUACCUUUGAUGUUAUCGGAGAACUAUUCAGCGUCCAGCGAGAUAAGGGUGAAAAGAUGGAUUUCUCCAUCAGAGAAGUGGAAAAGGAAGCAUACAUCGUAGUAGGAGUAUUCUUACUUGCUUGGUUUCGAACUAGACUGGGGCGUUGA